GUUACGAACAACAACUAGUAAAGAAAGAUUAUCAAAAUAUAUAACUGAAAUAAAGUUUGAUAGUGUGUUUGUGUAAAAUUAACAUCGAUAUCGGAAUUUCGAUCUCAAAAUUAGAUUGAUAGUGUUAGGUUGUGCUGAAAAAGAACUUCAAACUAUAUGUAGAUAUUAAUUGGAGGAGGCUUCUUUAUCAGCAAAAAGAUAGCAAAGACCUUACUCGCAUUCCUGCUCCUAACAAGGAUAGAGGCUCGCAUAUCAGUGAUGUACGCUCAUGACAAGGCUUCUGAUGUGGUCGCCGACCAGUGUCUUAGCGAAAUGUAUCCGAAAGGCAAGCGAGUUGAAUUCCAAGAGUCGGAUGAAGCUUGUAUCAUAUACUGCGUACUUAAGAAGUUCGGUAUUAUGAAUUCGAACGGCGUCAUCAACUUAGAAGCGUACCGAAUGUUUGCGCGAGGAAUCCUCAUGUGGUUACUGCCUACUUGCUCGCUAGCUUUACGAACCAGUACAUUUUCCGGGACAAUGGUUGAUUUCACAGACCCUAAGGUUCAAGGACAUUUAGAUGCGUUAGUUCGAAUGGCACAAGCCUGCGUAAUAAAAGUCAGGGCAUCACCUAAAGAUGUAAGAGCGUACUUUACCAACUCACCACCGAUCACCAGAUCUGGUCAAUGCUUCGCUGCGUGCAUGCUUGAACAGAGCGAUGUUAUUAACCAUGGCAAAAUCAAUCGGGAUUUAUUGAUCCAUCUUGCUGGUUUAGUGAACGGCAAGAAUUCACGUGUCGUGAGAAAACUUCACAGCAUAUCCCGUCUUUGCCUUGACAGUAUUGAUGGCAUGUCUGACAGAUGUCAACUGGCGUCAACUUACAAUGAUUGUUUAAAUGAAAACAUGACAGAGUUCGCGUUUCCAUUAGACAUCGCUGAAGAGGCCGUGAGGAAAAUGCCAUUCCAUCUAAUACAACCCAACUUACCACAGGAGUUACGUCAAUCAUCAUUUUAAUUAUAUUUGUUACUUUGAACACAAAACACGAAU